UGUAUUAUGUUCGAUCCGGAGUGACACUAUGUGGGCAGGCGUGUGUGUCGUAGUGUUUCUGUGUGUCACGGGCGUUGUGGGGGUGGGGAUGCUCUAUCCCCGGGACUCUGAGAGUCGGGAGGUCAGGAACCUGGAUGGAAUGUGGAACUUCCGUGCUGACAUGUCCCCUACCAGAAAUGCUGGACUGAAGGCGGCUUGGUUCAAACAACCUUUAGCUAAAACUGGUCCCGUGAUUCCGAUGCCUGUCCCCUCCAGCUACAACGAUGUGACCCAGGACAUCUCUCUGCGGGACUUUGUUGGAUGGGUGUGGUACGAUCGUGAUUUCUUCGUGCCUCAAGACUGGCAGAACCGGAGAGUGGUUCUCCGCUUUGGCAGCGCUAACUACUACGCUAUUGUGUGGGUCAACGCUCAGGAGGUGGUUCAACAUAACGGAGGCCAUCUUCCAUUCGAGGCUGAAAUCAACAAGUAUCUACAUUUUGGUGGGAGCAAUUUGCUGACUGUGGCCGUGAACAACACUCUUACUCAACACACUCUACCUCCGGGCACCAUCCAGUACCAGGCCGACACAGAGAGAUAUCCAGAUGGGUACUUUGUCCAGAAUCUCCAGAUGGACUUUUUCAACUAUGCUGGUAUUCAUCGCCAUGUCCGUUUGUACACGACCCCAACCACCUACAUAGAUGAUGUGACUGUUACAACUAAUAUCAGUAACGGGAAAGCAGGUAUUAUGCAGUACCAGAUCGACGUUGGUGGUUCUGCCCAGGGUAGCAGUAUCAAGGUGGAUGUUGAGGACAAGGACGGCAACGUCGUCGGAACAUCUACCAACUUCACCGGCACUGUGACCGUGGCUAAUGCCAACCUCUGGUACCCCUACACCAUGAUGCCAAACUCUCCUGCCUAUCUCUACACAUUAAAGAUGACCUUGACCUCUAAAGCAGGAACGGAUGUGUAUCGGCUGCCAGUUGGUAUCCGCACCAUACAAGUGACAGACUCCCAGGUGCUCAUCAACAACAGGCCGUUCUACUGCCAUGGAAUCGGAAAACACGAGGACGCAGAUAUUAGGGGCAGAGGUCUUGACUAUGCCACCAUUGCAAAGGAUUUCAACAUGUUCAAGUGGCUGGGAGUCAACUGCUUCCGUACGUCCGUUUAUCCAUAUGCGGAGGAGAUCAUGGACCAGGCUGACCAGGAAGGAAUCAUGGUCAUUGACGAGAGUCCAGGUAUCGGCAUCACACAGGAUGAAAACUUCAGCAACACAUCUCUGUUCCAUCAUCUCGAAGUGAUGGAUGAGCUUGUGAGACGGGACAAGAACCGUCCUGCCGUCAUGAUGUGGUCUGUCGCUAAUGAGCCAGGAAGUGACAAGGGCAUUUCUAUACCAUAUUUCAAGUCAGUUAUUGGACAUACAAGAAGCCUUGACCCUACAAGACCUGUCUCUUUUGUGUCGAACAAAAACUACAUUGAUGAUAAGGCAGUCCAGUUUGUAGACAUCAUUUGUUUCAACCGCUACUAUGCUUGGUACACUGACACGGGUCACACAGAGGUCAUUCAGGUCCAAAUGGCAAGUGACAUGGACGGAUGGAGAAGCAAGUACAACAAGCCACUGUUUGUCACUGAAUAUGGAGCAGGGUCUGUUGCUGGCUUGCACAGAGAUCCAUCGUCUGCAUUUACAGAAGAAUACCAAGUGGACUUCAUGGCCGAAUACCACAAGCAGUUUGACUCAAGGAUUGGAAAAGAUUUAGUUGGAGAAAUGGUGUGGACGUUUUCUGACUUCAUAACGGCUCAGGGUGUCAAGCGGGUAGUGGGCAACAAGAAGGGAGUUCUCACCCGUCAACGUCAACCCAAACCUGCUGCCUUCCUCCUCCGUCAGAGGUACCAAGCCUUGAUAAACAGAACAGCUCACUGACUUCAAAUGCAUGGACAGACAAUAUAAGAAUACAUGUACAUGGGUUAAUUUCUAUGAUUUUUAGUAACAUUGUGACUGUAACAACCAACGCAAAA